GCCAGUUGGUGAUUUGCGCCGUCAUGGAGACCACGUGCUUCUUUAACGAGUGCAACCAAGCGGUCGUGCCGGGCUCGUGGAAGUGCGUCUUCCACCGCCACCGGUCGCGCUGCCAGGUCGACGACUGCCGCAACCAAGUCUACGCGCGCAGCCUCUGCGUCCGCCAUGGAGGCAAGCGCAAGUGCGAGGCGCCCAACUGCGGCGUACACGUGCGCCAAGGCCGCUUCUGCACGCUCCACGGCCCCAAGGUGGACAAACCGCGCUGCACCGAGGAAGGCUGCGAGAAGCAAGCACACAUGCGCUCCAAGUGCGUCCGGCACGGCGGCGGUCGCCUCUGCAAGGUCGAGCACUGCACGACGUACGCGCGGGGCGGCGGGCUCUGCUGGCGCCACCGCAAACGCGACGACGAGCCCAUAUCACCCACGGAGAACGCAGGGGUGCUGCCGUCCGUCCACGUGCUUUUGAGCAGCCGCCACGAGGCCAUCAAGCGAGAGGCGACGCCGUGGAUGCGCUAUUCGCCGCCGCCAGCCAAGCGCCACGCCGGUCCUCCUCCUCCGUUUCACAGCUCUACCGUCCAGCCGCGCUUGCCACCGUGCCGGUCGCUUCUGCGGCCAACCGAGUACCAGCUCCCAGCGACGCCGCCCGAGACGUUUAGUCGAUAUGUGCAGCCAGCGAUGCAGCGGCCAGCCUGGUUUUAAUGGACCAUACAAUACAUGUCAGACGAUUUAGUAGAGGAA